AUGACAUCGAGAAAACCUUUUCAUCCAUCGGAUUAUGAUUUACCAGAUGACUUUCUUCCUCGGGAUCUGUUGCACCGUCUGCUCGAGGGACUUGAUUCGACCAAUAAAAAUGGUUCUAAUGACGGGCAAAAUCAAGCCAGCCAUUCGGUACUCACGCCAGAGCCGAAAUCAACACCGGUGGUUGGAAUUGGUCUUGAUUCUUGUGUACUUCCAUUACGUCAUGGGGAACUUUUUUUAGUACAAUCAACAGAUUUCUUUUAUCCACUUGUCGAUGAUCCAUACGUGAUGGGAAAAAUUGCUUGCGCAAAUGUUCUAAGUGAUAUUUAUGCCAUGGGUGUGACUGAAGUCGAUAACAUGUUAAUGCUAUUAAGUACCAGUAAUAAAAUGAGUGAAAAAGAACGUGAUACAAUUAUGCCAUUGAUGAUACAGGGAUUUAAAGAUUGCGCUGAACAAGCCGGUACAGCAGUACAAGGUGGUCAAACAGUUGUGAAUCCAUGGUUAAUAAUCGGUGGCGUUGCUACAUCAGUUUGUAAACCGAAUGAAGUUAUAAUUCCAGAGCAUGCUGUGAUUGGUGAUGUGCUAGUGUUAACAAAGCCACUGGGCAUCCAGGUAGCUGUGAAUGCGCAUCAAUGGCUUGAAAAGCCAGACCGAUGGGAACGUAUAAAAUCUGUGGUAACUGUCGAUGAUGUUGAAAAAGCCUACCAACGGGCAAUGAAAUCCAUGGCUCGACUUAAUAAAAUCGCUGCAUCUCUUCUGCACAAAUACGAUGCACAUGCUUGUACCGACGUCACUGGCUUCGGUAUACUGGGUCAUGCUCAAAAUUUAGCUCAACAUCAGAAAAACGAAGUAGCAUUCGUUAUUCAUAGUCUACCCAUUAUCGCUAAAAUGACAACGAUUAGCAAAACUUGUAACAAUGCAUUUAAUCUGUUGCGAGGAACGGCAGCAGAAACAUCAGGUGGUUUAUUAAUAGCGUUACCAUACGAUCAGGCAGCUGGUUAUUGUAAGGAGAUUCAAGAGAAAGAAGGUUACCAAGCAUGGAUUAUCGGUAUAGUAGAAAAAGGUGAUCGAACAGCAAAAAUUGUCGACAAUCCUCGAGUUAUUGAAGUACCAGCACAAGAUACAGACGGUGAAUUAUGGUAA